UUUUUUUUUUUGGUCUUUUGUUGUAUUACUUUCCAAUUCAUCCUUUUUUAUUUUUUUAUUUUUUUGUAACUAUUGUCUUCAUUCAAUCAUGUCUUCUGUGUUUGUCUCUGACAAUAGCGGAACCCAACAACAAAAGGCAAAUGAACCUUCACGACCAAAACGACCUAGAUCUAGUUUAGCAUGUAUUCGUUGUCGAAAGAAAAAGGUCAAAUGUGAUUUUGUUCAGCCUACUUGUGGACGUUGUGCUUUGGCAGGACUACCUUGUAGUUAUGCAACACCACCUCGUCGAGUGGAUGGUCAUGCUUUUGAUCAACUUGGUAGUCAUGUAGAAGAACUUAGGGGACGUAUGCAAAAGAUGCAAUCUGAACUGGCCAUGAUGAAAAGUAAUCUACAUCCUUUUUCUGGUACUACUGGACCUUCUGAUGAUAGUAUGAUGUUGGGAGGAACCAUCAACAAUAAUACCAACAAUAAUACUGGCAAUAAUAGUCAACUUAUGGGUAUGCUUCCGUCUACUUCUUUUGGAGAUUCUUUUGAUAAUCGAAAUAACAAUAUGGCUUUGAUGGAUCCUUCUAUGGCUUCUCAACAACCUGUGACUUGGAAACUAUCACUUUCACCUUCUGGAUUACGUAUCGAUACUAAUAUUGCAAGUGUGGCUGAUUUGUAUCGUAUUUUAUUAAAUGGUAUUAGUCAAUUGAAUAUUAAUGGGGAUUCAGCUGCAAGUUUAUUCAGUACCGACUCUAUACGAAGUGCCACGGAAAGGAAACAACAACAACAACUUGGACGAUCUACUGCAACUGGUUUGGAUGAUCACAAUAAUUCAAUGUCUCCAUCUUCAAAUGCAUCUAUUAAAUCUUCACAUCAACAAGGACUAGGAACGGGUAUGAUGCUGAGCGAUACUGCUGGUAACGGUGGACCUAGUGGAAGACUAUGGGAAGUAGAUGACAAGGAAGCUCGGCAAAUCUUACAAGAACAAUAUCAACAACAACAAAUGGAUGAUACUAUGGCCCCAGAAAUUUUAGAUCAAUUAAUGCACUCAUGCUAUCAUCAAUGUUUUUUAGCUUAUCAAUUGGUCGAUAAAGAGACAUUCAUGAAACAAUACGUGACGGAACCUGGUCUUGAUCCCCUACUUGCCAAUUCGAUUAAUGCUUGGAUGUCAAAACAUGGUUGUGUCUACCAUAAUGCUACUCCUGGUACAAAUCCUGCUAAAAUGGGUGACUCCUAUUUCAAGAAUGCACGUCAAUUACUCAAAAAAUGCUUCGAUAUUAGUAGUCCUGUCACGAUUCAUGCACUAUUGAACCUUUACAUGUAUCAACUCAGCAGUGGAAGAUCUAGUUUGGCUUAUCUUUAUAUUGGUUUGGGAAUUCGAAUGGCUCAAGAUUUGAAGUACCACAAAAAGGAACAUAUGCCUAGUGAUCCUCAAGAACGAGAAACCAAUAAACGAUUAUGGUGGUCAGCAUAUUGGUUGGAUCUUUGUGCUGCUCUGGAAUCAAAUAGACCGACAAUGGUGGAUGAUAAGGAUUGUGAUUUGGAAUAUCCCAUCAAAUUGGACACGGAAGAUGAUGAAACUGGUUAUCGAAUUGAUUUUUGUGUACAUUCUAUUAAACUAAUGAAGAUUCGAAAGGAUAUCACCAAACAUUUACCCUCUGAACAAUCUGGUCAAUCUCUAUUAUCGGCCAUCUCUAGAUUGGAAAAUGCAUUGACAAAUUGGCUCAAUGAACUACCCAAGCACUUACGAUUUGAUUAUGAUGACCAAUUCCAAAAGACAGGCUCUUUCCGUGAUGAAGCAACCUUGAUUCUUAAUAUUCAAUAUCAAACCACUUGGAUCAUGCUACACAAGUUCUUUUUACCAAAGAAGGAUCAAACUGCCACACCCGUUGCCUUACUCUCUCUCAACAUUUGUACAAAGUCAGCAAACUUUAUCACCAAAAUGCUCGAUCUUUAUUCAACUCAUUUACCAUGGUGUCAAUUCUUUUAUGCUCUGGAUGGUGUGAUUGCAAGUGUGACGAUUCAUCAAGUCAAUGCCGUGUCUAACGAGAAGGAAUUAGCAUCUCUGGCUCAGCGCAAUUUGAUCAUGACUGCCAAUGUCUUGCGAGGUUCUCCUCUUACUUAUAUGGACAAGGUGAAUGAUAUUAUGGAUAGCAUUGAUUCUUUUCUCAAACAAAAUGGUUUACCCACUCAUAUCAACGAUAUUCCACCUAUCAAUGAGGACUCGGCCAAUCAACAGUCAAUUUCUUCCGUUUUCGAUCCAGCUACUAUAUUUGAACAACAACAACAACAACAGCAAAAACAAAAACCUUCUUCUACACCUCCAGCAUCUACAGGAUCUAAUAACAGCAAUAGCAACAAUAGUAAUACAGUACAUCAAUCUAUGGGCAUGUCUAUUCCAUCCUCCUCAACACCACAAACUACACCUGGAUCUGUGGCCGGAACCAGUUCCACGUCUCCGUUUGGCAUCUCAUCACCACGUCCUCAACAACAACAACAACAACAACAACAACAACAACAACAACAACAACAACAGCAUUCUCAUCUACCACCUAGAAACACUGUACCAUCUCAACUAUCCCCACAUCAUAUGUUUCCUCAUGAUACGAUGAGUCCCAUUCCAAUGAUGCAUUCACCUCAACCUAAAAUGGAAAUGAUACCUUCUUUACCCAAACAAGAUUCAGCACCUCAGCAACAACAACAACAACAACAACAACAGCAGCGGCAGCAACAGCAACAACAGCAACAGCAAAAUGUUCCCACUUCUGUUUAUGCACAAUCUUUACCACCACAACCGCCUUCAAUGAUGGAUCCUUCAGCAAUGAUGUUCAAUGAUACGAUGAUGGGACUAGGACAGGGAAUGGAUGCAUCAUUUUUCCCUGGGAUGGCAGGUGCAUUUGGAUCAACAUCUACUCCGACUGAAAAUGUAUAUACUCAUCAAUCUUUGCCUUCACAGUCUCACCUUCAUCACACACCACAACAACAACAGCAGCAUCAUCAACAACAGCAGCAACAGCAUCAUCAUCAACAACAACAACAUCAACAGCAGCAUUCUCAACAGGAUAUGGCUUCAAUGUUCGCGAAUCCCAUGCUGGCAGGUACUUUUGGGAAUAAUGAUAGUACAUUUGGAUUGGAUCAAGGACUUUAUGCUUCAACUUCUUAUCCACCAUUUGUUAACCAACAACAACAACAACAAAAUCAUCCAACAUCAUCUUCUGAUUUAUUCCAUUCUUUACACCAACAAACAUCGUCUACAGUUGGUGCACCUUCUACCGGCAUCACUACAACCACAUCGGUAUCAACAAGUACAAUCAACUCAUCAAAUCAUAGUGUACCAUCAUCUAUAUAUGGACCGACUCCAACAACCUCCACCUCUGUUACUAAUGGUCCUCCUAUAGAUGGCUUGUUAAACAUGGAUCCCGACACAAUGAAUGCAUUCUUACAAUACGCACCUGGCAAUUUUACAACGCCAUUUGGUUAUCAACAACAACAGCAACAACAGCAACAGCAGCAGCAACAACAGCCAAUGAUGCCUUCUACUUCUUCUGAUUUGAUGUUUGCAACUGCGGCGGCAAAUAGGAAACGUCAACGUGAUUGGGAUCAACAAGAAGGUUAAUAUGGAUGGUCAAUUUCUUCAGUUAGUUAUAUCUAGUUUAUUUAUAUUUUUACACAUAUAGUAUUUUAUAUAUCUUUUUAUUUAUUUAUACGACUUUUAUCUUUGAUUGAUGGGGUACUCUUUUUUUUUUGUCUUUUAAAUAUGCAUCACUUUUGUAGCAUUUUUUUUUCUUAAUAAAACAUAUUACAUAUUUUUUAUACAUAUCAUCAAACAUGAAU